UCCUCACCUUCCUUUUGCAUCCCCCGAGCAUAUGGGUGGUGGUGGUGGUAUUUACUACCUGCUGUGUGUUGGUUGAUUUUACCGACUUCAUUGAUUCAGUAGGUUGUGAGUGUGUGAGGGAGAGGAUCCACGUGAGGCCUGCAAGAUGGGGAAGUUACGAGUGACAAUGUUACGGUAUCUGACCAGGGAGGACUUCAGGGUGCUGACCGCGAUUGAAAUGGGGAUGAAAAACCACGAACUUGUACCUGGUUUCCUUGUAGCUCAGAUCGCCAAUGUUCGAUCGGGUGGCGUUCAUAAAAUGCUGCAAGAACUGUGUAAACAUCGACUGUGUACAUAUGAGCGCGGAAAACACUAUGAUGGAUACAGGCUGACCAACAUGGGAUACGAUUAUCUGGCUUUGAAAGUUCUGUCUUCACGUGAUAUUCUUGGGGGUGUUGGAAGUCAAAUUGGUGUGGGGAAAGAAUCUGAUAUUUAUGUGGUAACUGACACACUAGGAAACCCAUUAUGUAUGAAACUUCAUAGACUUGGUCGAACAUCUUUUAGGAAGUUAAGGGAGAAGCGAGAUUACCAUAAUAAAAGGCAUCAGAUGUCCUGGUUGUAUCUGUCCAGAUUGUCUGCAACCAAGGAAUUUGCUUACAUGAAGGCUCUUCAUGCCAGAGGCUUUCCUGUACCUCGUCCAGUGGACUGUUCCAGACACUGUCUCAUUAUGGAACUUGUUGAUGGUCAUCCUUUGUGCAACAUUCAUGAUGUCAAAGAUGUUCCCCAGCUGUACAGUGACCUCAUGGAUCUGAUUGUUAAAUUUGCUAACCAUGGUGUCAUACAUAGUGAUUUCAAUGAAUUUAACUUGAUGCUGGAUGAUUCUGAUAAGCCUGUGGUUAUUGACUUCCCCCAAAUGGUUUCAACAACUCACGAAAAUGCCAAGAUGUAUUUUGACAGAGAUGUUAGAUGUGUGCAGGAAUUUUUCAAGCGGAGGUUUGGAUACGAGAGUGAACUUUGUCCAAAUUUUGAGGAAGAUAUUCAGAGGGAAUACAAUCUCGACAAAGAAAUUGCUGCUAGUGGAUAUUUGAGAGAAGUUCAAGAAUUCAAUCAGGAGUUGCAAGUAGGGCAGGAUAUGCAAGAAGCUGAGCAGAGCGAAGGUUCAGAAAGUGAGGAAGAGGAUGAUUUCAAUCAAGAGGACACUAAACAAAAUCAAGAGGAAAUUACAGAGCUUAAACUUUUAACCGAAACUUUGUGCAAGGAUCUGAAAGACGAAACCAGCAUUGGGGACCUUUGUGAAAAGUUAGAAGAUCAGUCUUUAGAGGUAGUUUUAGAAGAGGAACAUGAAGAAAAGAAUGAUGAAGAAAAAAGAAAAACUGCUAAAAAAUGUUCAAAAAGUAAGGGUAAGCAUUUGGAUCAUGAAGCCAGAACGGCUCUCAUAAGGCAACUCGCAAAGGCACGCGAGCUAAGGCAGCAAGCUGAAGAAAAUGGAGAAGACCCACCAAUAUUGGAGGACCUCAUUGAUGAUUCUUUUAGUGACAUAUGUAGUAUUAAAAGUUUUUCUACAACUACAAGCUCCAUAGCACCUAGAGAAGUCAAGCAUCGUACACACAAAGAUCUUCAAAGGAGAGAGAAGAAACAAAUAUCCAAGAAGAGCUUGAGGGUAAAAGGAGAAGCCAAUGCAUUUAAGAGAAAUAAACAUGAAAAUGAAGCAGUUAUUAAAGAAUCAACUGGUUGGGAUGAUUACUGAGUUUUUAUGAAUAAUAAAACUAACUACUGUACUGUUA